AUGUCAUCAGGGGAUGGGGCGCUACUCUCCACUCCGAUAACGGACUCGUUUCACUUGCUCAUCCUCGACAGACACGUCGCGGCUACAGCUGCGAACAACUACAUAGUUAACGUCUCAGUCGCACAGAAGCACAACACCAUACCACCUCCGGGCACAGCGUUGAACCAUGCAUACGGAGUCGCCUACCCCAGGACCCCCACGACAUAUAACGUCCCGUAUCAAAGUGCGUAUCCGCAGAACGCCCUCUCGAACCUGGUCCUGUACGGCAUAUUGUCGGUUCUUGGGACGACGUGUAAUAUCUUCGAGAUCUCCACCCUAAUCGUUCAGGAGUGCCUCCGACGGAGAGGCAACUUACUAUUGGCCAAUCAAGCUCUUGCAAAUUUGAUAAUCACGGCCGGCUCGUUCCCCAUAACGUGCGUAGCGAUUCUGGCCAUAGCACAAGAUGAAAAAUACGUCUGCCAUGCGCAGUGGUUUUGCGCGCUAAUGUCUUUUUUCGUGAACAUCUUCAACUUCUUGUGCAUUGCGUUAGAGAACUACGUUCGUUCGUGCCGGCCCGAGGAGAUGGUCGAAGAGGGCGCCGAGUUGGGCGAUCGACGGGUGUUGCCCAUCGUAGCGACGCGUCCCGGUGAAUUCCGCGGCGUAUACCGAACCCUAUGUGCCUCACCUGUCGUAGUUUUACUGACGUUUCUGUCGUGGGGACUCGCGGCUGCGUGGUGUCUAGUUAGUUUUUAUGUAACGCAGGGCCUGGACAUGUGCAACAACGAUCUUCGGCACAGCGAAAUGCUACUGACGUUGGCGGCCCCGAUAGCCUUCAGCAUUGUGGUUUUCGCCAAGGCCGUCAACGAACACCGCGACUUUACAAUACAUCUCGAGCUUCGAAACUGUUCGGCGACUCGCGAGCAAAUCCUGCAGCGGCGCUUGUUGCGCACGAAUUUCACUGCCUUCCUACUAUUCGUCUUGUGCUGGCUGCCGUUCCUCUUAUGCGUCAUCCUCAAGCCGAGCCUGGAAAAGUCUGCCAUUCGUGACAAUUUGUUUUUCGCUGCCCAGAGUUAUUCAGUCGUGUGCCCUCUUGUUUACGGAACGACCCACGACGCGUUCCGUCAAGGUUUCGUGUACCUCAUCCACUACUUCUGUUGCAAAUCUCAUCCCGAAAUCCCGAAGCCACCCGUGGCUCCCGACGAUCGACAACGAACCACCGUCCGGGUGGGAAUGCGCAUGGUGGAGACCAGGAGGGCACCCACCAGGGGCACCAAAAUGUCCACGAUGGGACUACUAAGCUUCGCAGGUGGAUCCGAAGUGAAUAGAAUGCGAUACGAAGAAGAUUUCCUAUAG